AUGACUAACAUACCUGCAGGAUCAAAGCGGCCUUUGGAUGGUGCAGGCGGAAGUUCUAAUAGUGAAAGCCGGGAUCGAAAAAGACCGAGGGACGAUCCCAAGGACUGGAGAGACGUUCAUUUGAAAACAUCGUCCCGCAAAGUCUCGCCUAGCAAUAGAAGAGACAGCUACGAUAGAGAUAGGAGGAGUCAUCACGAUGCAGAGCGCAGGCGAAGAAGCCGAGAGCAUGGCAAAUCUAGGAGGGAUAGAGACGAUAGUCGCGAUAAAAGAACGGAACCUAGGAGGCUGGAUCCAACUCCGCCUCGCUCAACGCCCAGACACGAUGAAGAGAAAGAAGAAGGCGAGAUAUCGCCCCGGCCCAGUCCUGUGAUGCAGAACAGUGCACUACCCCCUUCUUUGUCGCCCAAACCGCAUCCAGAACCGGAAACAUUACCUGAAAUGGAGUUGGACAUCCCGCCAUCUCCGCCUCCUGUAGAAGAAACUCUUGCCAGUCGACGAGCCAAGCGGCAGGCUAUAUUAGCAAAAUAUACAAAUAUUGGCGUUAGUGUCAGCCCCAGUCCCGUCACUACUACUGGGUUUAGCAGUGCGGUUCAAGCACUUCAAACACCUUCUACAGUUUCUGACCACGCUUCACACGAUAGUAGUUUGCAUCAACAAAACACCGUUAACGGAUCAUCUGGCAAACAAGGUUCACUUUCUCCCUCACCUUCUCUCGGUCAGGACUUCGCACUUGCUAAAGAGGACGAUGAAAAGUCUUCGGAAUUGAAGAAGCAAGAGGAGAACGUCAAUGCAAACGUCGGAGAACAAAUUUUGGCUGCCGAUUAUGACCCCAGCUUAGACAGAAGGGAGGACGAAGGCAAACGGAUACAACCACUGGUCAAGGUCGAAGAAGAAGAUGUUGAAGAGGUGGUGGAAGAAGAAGACGAAGACGACGUAGAUGACAUGUUCGCAGUGGCUGUGAAUGACAAGCCGAAGGUGAAAAAGGUGAAAAAAGUCACGAAGGCCGCCCCUGCAUUAAUCGCUUCAAAUUUGGAUUCCGCAGCUGACUCCGAGGGAUACUACGCAGUAAUUCUGGGUGAGCAGCUUGACGGUGGGAGAUAUCAAGUUUUUUCGUCUCUCGGUAAAGGCAUGUUUGCCAAUGUCGUUAGGGCCCGCGUACUGGUUCCCGAAGCAAACGAGCCCACUGGACGUGAAGUAGCUAUCAAGAUCGUGCGAUGCCAGGAAUCCAUGUACAAAGCUGGUCUCAAAGAGGUGCAAAUGCUGAAUAAACUUAAGCAAGCUGAUCCAGACGACAAAAAACAUAUCGUCAGGAUUGAAAGAACUUUCGAGCAUCGCGGUCACCUAUGCAUUGUCUUUGAGAGUUUGAGCAUGAACUUGCGCGAUGUUGUAAAGAGAUUUGGUAAAGAUGUUGGUCUCAAUAUUCGAGCAGUUCGAGCGUAUGCCCAUCAGCUUUUUUUGGCAUUGGGCUUGCUCAAAAAGAUUGGCGUGAUGCACGCUGACAUAAAACCAGACAAUAUUUUGGUCAAUGAACAAAAGAGUCUUCUGAAGCUCUGCGAUUUAGGUUCAGCCUCGGACGCGUCUGAAAACGAGAUCACACCCUAUCUUGUUAGUCGGUUCUAUCGUGCCCCAGAAAUUAUCAUGGGUAUUCCUUAUGAUCCUUCCAUCGAUAUAUGGUCCAUAGGAUGUACCUUAUACGAACUUUACACAGGCAAAAUUCUCUUCCCUGGUCGCUCCAAUAAUCACAUGCUCCUCCUCAUGAUGGAAUUGAAGGGCCGUUUCAACAGCAAGAUUAUUAAAAAGGCCAAAUUUGGCGACAGUUACUUCGAUGAUAUGGGAGGAUUUAACAGCGUUGAAAAGGACCGAGUUCUAGGCACUGAUGUCGUGAAGAAGGUUCAUCUUUCAAAACCCGUGCGGGAUCUGCGUUCACGUUUGAUGCCCCCGACAUCGGUGAAAAUGAAGGAUGACGAGAACAAACUGUUGACAUCCUUCAUCGAUUUGCUGGACAAAUGUCUUGUUCUCGAUCCUGCCAGAAGAAUCACACCUCGAGAGGCGCUGGUCCAUCCUUUUAUCAGAGGGUAGUCUGUAGAACACGAAGAUAAGUACACUAGAGGUAAAUUAUAAAUGUUGAAAAUGUACGAUCCUUACAGUAAAAUUAUUUGAAGAUAAUCAUUGAUCUCUGGGGCUUAAACGCCUUCCUUGACGUUUAUUUCUCGCAUACCCUUCAUUCAAAAAGGUUGAACCGCGAGCCCUCCCAGUUGUCAUACAAUGAGAGUGGACGUCAAUAGGCAUCAGUGCUUGAGUGGUAGGCAGGUAUUU